AUGAACAAGACAAAACCAGGUUAUCUACUUGAUAAAUUACUUAAAACUCGUUAUCCUCUGACAUAUUAUCUUAUUCGGCAACAAGAAUUUGGUCGAGUCUUCUCAACUAAUAAUGAAUUAUUUACUUCUUCUGAAUCCGAAGUAAAACUGAUUCGUAAGCAAAAAGCGUCGUUGUGUGCUGCUUUUGAUAUAUCGGACACAAAAGUUCCUCAAGUAUCAAAAUUUUAUACUUCACAAAACGAUUUUAAUAGCGAUCAAGACUAUUAUUCUACGCAUGAGCAAAGUUCUGAAAACGACGAAGAAUACGACGCCAGACCGUUACUAAAAAAUAUCAACGGCAAGCAAAACAUCAGACGACAUUAA